GGCGGGGCGGAGACCGCUCGGAGGAGGCUGGUGUCCGCGCCAGGGCGGCGCGCGCGUUCUUGGUUGGCACAGAGAUGAAGAGUAUCUUGGCUGAAUGUUUAAGCAGAAGGGAUCAUUAUGACCCUGCCCCUACAGGAGUGUGAACAACACUGCUUCAGCAGCAAAGGCUCAGGUCCACAUCUUGGGAAGGAUAUGGCCAGUUCCUGGGGUGCUAUCUUUUUCAUGCUGAUGAUAGCCUGUGUUAGCAGCACAGUCUUCUACAGAGAACAGCAGACUUGGUUUGAGGGUGUCUUCUUGUCUUCCAUGUGCCCCAUUAAUGUCAGUGCCAGCACCUUUUAUGGAAUUAUGUUUGAUGCGGGCAGCACUGGAACUCGGAUUCAUGUUUACACCUUCGUGCAGAAGACAGCCGGACAGCUCCCCUUUCUGGAAGGUGAAAUUUUUGAUUCUGUGAAGCCAGGACUUUCUGCUUUUGCAGAUCAACCCAAGCAGGGUGCUGAGACUGUUCAAGCACUCUUAGAGGUGGCCAAAGACUCAAUCCCCAGAAGUCACUGGAAAAGGACCCCAGUGGUUCUGAAAGCAACAGCCGGACUUCGCUUACUGCCAGAACAGAAAGCCCAGGCUCUGCUCCUGGAGGUAGAGGAGAUCUUGAAGCUGUCACCUUUCCUGGUCCCGGAUGACAGUGUCAGCAUCAUGGACGGGGCCUAUGAAGGCAUACUCGCUUGGGUUACUGUGAACUUUCUAACAGGUCAACUGCAUGGCCAUGGCCAGGAGACUAUGGGGACCCUUGACCUGGGGGGUGCCUCCACCCAGAUCACAUUUCUACCCCAGUUUGCGAAAACCCUGGAACAAACGCCUAGGGGCUACCUCACUUCCUUUGAGAUGUUUAACAGCACUUUUAAGCUCUACACACAUAGUUACCUGGGAUUUGGAUUGAAAGCUGCAAGACUGGCAACCCUGGGAGCCCUGGAAACAGAAGGGACGGAUGGACAUACUUUUCGAAGUGCCUGUUUACCUAGAUGGCUGGAAGCCGAGUGGAUCUUUGGGGGUGUGAAAUACCAGUACGGUGGCAACCAAGAAGGGGAGAUGGGCUUCGAGCCCUGCUAUGCAGAAGUGCUGAGGGUAGUGCAAGGAAAACUUCACCAGCCAGAAGAGAUUCGGGGAAGCUCCUUUUAUGCCUUCUCCUACUAUUAUGAUCGAGCUGCCGAUACACACUUGAUUGAUUAUGAAAAGGGGGGUGUUUUAAAAGUUGAAGAUUUUGAAAGAAAAGCCAGGGAAGUGUGUGAUAACCUGGACAGCUUCACCUCAGGCAGUCCCUUCUUAUGCAUGGAUCUCAGUUACAUCACGGCUUUAUUAAGAGAUGGCUUUGGCUUUGCAGAUGGCACCCUCUUACAGCUCACAAAGAAAGUGAACAACAUAGAGACAGGCUGGGCUCUGGGGGCCACCUUUCACCUGCUGCAGUCUCUGGGCAUCUCCAGCUGAGGCUAAGCAUAUCCUCGGAAGCCUGUGUUUCAGAACUUUUUUUUUUACAGGAAGGAGAGGACUCAGGCAUUUUCUGAACUACUCUGGAGAAAGCCUGGACUGAAACCCAUUGACUGGCUUUCUUAGGAGGGAGGGUUUAUAGAUGAGUGUUGCCUCUUGAGCCUAGUGAUUUGGGCUUAAUUAAUUUUGCACAUCUAAUGUGAACAGCUCCCUAACCACUUGGCAGGUGCACAGCCGGUGCCAGAGUGCAAAUCUUUUGAGAUUCUUUGUAUGUCACAGAGUCUUGUGAAAAAAAAGGAGUAAGUUUCAAACUCCAUGUUAGAUUGAAAGUUCAGAGAUGGGUCCCUGGGAACCAAAGAAAAAUCUCAUUUCAA